AGUGCCAGCCCAAUAGACUGAUGAGUUAUUGUCAUGUAAAAAAGCGCUAGCAAUAAGACCCAAACGCCGUGCUAUUGUCCAAGCGGAAAGAGCCAAGUUUAUUAUGAGGACUAUAUGCUCUAGAGACCUGGGGCUAGGCGGCUCCUUGGGAGGCUUUUCAUAAAACAAGGCUCAGCUUCUAUAAAGGAGGGCAGUUUUUGAGCAGGCGCCGAGCAGUGCACAUCUACCGACGGCACGAGCCUCCUUCAAACCAGUAAAAAUUCAGCCGUCACAAGCUCCCCAACUUCGUCCGCGUUUUGGCUUGCUUCCUUCAUGUGCUCCUCACCAAUUUAAUCCAAUUUGAAUUUGACGUUUGUGUGUAUUUUUUCCUUGGGAGUGCAGCUUUCCUUCUGCACUGAGCCUUUUCAAUGUAUAAAAUGGAGUAUUCUUACCUCAAUUCCUCUGCCUACGAGUCCUGUAUGGCCGGGAUGGACACUUCGAGCCUGGCGUCAGCUUAUGCGGACUUCAGCUCUUGCAGUCAAGCCAGUGGCUUUCAGUACAAUCCCAUCAGGACGACGUUUGGGGCCACCUCCGGGUGCCCGUCGCUUACACCGGGUUCCUGUAGUCUGGGCACCCUGCGGGACCACCAGAGCAGUCCGUACGCUGCAGUCCCCUACAAGCUGUUUACCGACCACGGAGGAUUGAACGAGAAGCGGAAGCAGAGACGCAUUCGGACAACUUUUACCAGUGCGCAGCUCAAAGAGCUGGAGCGCGUGUUCGCUGAGACUCACUACCCAGACAUUUACACACGAGAGGAGCUCGCGCUAAAGAUCGAUCUCACCGAGGCUAGAGUGCAGGUGUGGUUCCAGAACAGGCGCGCCAAAUUUCGCAAACAAGAACGUGCAGCCGCCGCCGCAGCUGCUGCAGCAAAGAACGGGUCUGGGAAGAAAUCUGACUCGCGAGAGGAGGACAGCAAAGAGGCAAAGGCAACCGAUCCUGACAGCACUGGCGGGCCUGGGCCUAACCCAAACCCGACCUCCAACUGUGGUGGACCAAGUCCCACUGGCGGACAGGUCAGCGCCACAGGGAACGGCUCGGUUGAACAGGUGAAGACGUCAGUGGCUGGAAUGGGAGGCACUGCGCCGAGUCAAGGUUGGGCUUCAGCUCCGGGCACCAUCACCUCCAUUCCGGACUCUCUGGGCGGACCGUUCGCUAGUGUUCUGUCCUCAUUACAAAGACAGAACGGAGCCAAAGCCACUUUAGUAAAGACCAGCAUGUUCUGAGUUAUUGCUUGAUGCAGAAAAGAAACGACUGCGAGAUUCAACAAACAAACAAGUAAGCGUUUAUUCUAGUCACUGACAACUGAUAAGUGGAAAAAGGAGAAUGCCGAAAGGAGAGAGCAAUGUAUCUCUACCCACUGGUGUAGAAAGAAGAGACCACCUCUGGUCCUCAUUCGACUACUUUCGAUGCCAUUGGUCUACACCAGAAGCUGGAUAAUAAUAGCCUACCAUACACAUUAUGUUUUGGCUGUGGUCGUCGACAUAAUUUCUGACGAAUUUAAGUGAACUAACCAAUAGACUGAGAUGCGCGCUCCUGCUGCAAUGAAAACACACCAAGGACUCAUGAAUACGAUGUCAUUAGUCAGUGUCAUUAAACAUGUCAUUAUAUCUUUGCGCCGCAAUUUUUUGUUUACAUUGACUAUAAACAUACCAAUAGCUUGAGUUACACGUCUGUAUUACAAAAUACAGACAAAUGUGGCACUCUGUUAUAUAUUUUUACCUAUAAAUUUACCAAGCCUUAGAGCCAGGGGAUCUACCAACAUUUAUCUACAUAUUUACUAUUAAUCUAAGGCAAAAUGUUCUUCAAAAUGGCACAAGUACAUACUUCAUUGCUGACAGGAAUACGUAAACGUUUUGUGUGUCUUUCUACAGCUGUGUUUUUGUGGCUCAAAUUGUAUAGUGUUAAAACGUAUUGACGUCCUAGAUAAACAUAGACCACAUCCCCCUUGUAGUUCACUGAGUCUUUAUAAUGUUUUUCAAGUUACAACUGGCGCAUUCUUUGGAGGAAAAAGGGAAUGGAUGCAAAACAUUGUAUUUAUUUUCUAUAUUAUUUGCAUGUUGUCUUCUCCGUCCAAUUUUAUAAUGAUUUCACCUAUUUUGUGAGCAUAAUGUAACACGUUUUUGUCCAGGAUUUGAGAAUUAUUUAUAUGUAGGUAAUGGAUGCUUAUAUUUAAGAAGGAAAUAUUUCUACAUGUGCACAUAGUUUUUCAGGUGUACCAUUGACAUGGCUGUUGAUGAUAAAAACGAUUAUGAUGCUAAAAAUAAUAUUGUCCCGUUUCCUCUUUAAAGGUUCCACUUAAUUUACAUGAAACAUUGCUAAAACACCUUCUGAAUAUUCAUUCAAAAUUCAAGAUUUCAUUCAAAAGAUCUUUAGUUGUAUUCUUCUUUCGGCCGAGAGGGCAUAUAUCCUGUUCAGCACCUUGGACAGCCGCACAAGGCACCGGGCUGCUAAAACCGAUUCCAGUAAAUUAUGCUGUAACGACACUGAAAUAUAUAGACACUAGUGUUAUUUCUGUUAUAAACACACAGAUAUACAGACUAAAUUUCAUUAGCAUUUUACGUUUUUUAUAUAUAUAUUUCCCCUCCUACACACUGAUUUCGCAUAGCUCGCUUUCUACAAUAUAGACUAGUAGGCUAUAGGCCUAUAAGACACUUAUAUUGAUGCUUCUGGAUUGACAAUAGAAACUGUUUGAUUCUUAUUUUAAUCUUCAGAAAUCAGUCAGUAGAGAUAUCUUACUAUGCACCUUUACGGUCGUUUAUUAUACAGUAUAGCUUAAAAAACUGCUUUAGCAGCACAAUCAGUGGACCAAGUGGAUUGUAUGCAGAUAUACAAGAGUAAAACUCAUUAUUAAAAAUAAAAAGCAUAUUAUCUAUAUUAAUACACAUGUAUCUUUUAUUCUCUAUAGAUGUUCCGACGCAGCAAAAACUAACUGUUCGAAUGUGAAUAACUGAAAUCUCACAAUGACAUGUAUACUCACAAUGAUAUGUAUACUACGUAUAUUAAACAAUAGUUUUCCAGUUUUCCAGAACGUGCAAUCGCGUUCUUAAGAUCAUUCUUAUAACAUCAAAGACAAUGAAGCAAUACAAUGAAGCAAACGUCUGUUUUACAAAUCAGUAUAUAGAUGACUAGUUAUUAAGAAGAAUUUAAGUGCAAUAAAAUAAAUGAUUACAGUGAGGAAGGGUUUCAGAAACAGCGAUGUCCAACUUCAUAAAUGAAAGUAAAGAAUAAUAAAUAUUUAUAACCGGAUUUCACGCGACGUUGUAAGCGAUUCUGCACAUCGACAUUACAAUGACGGACAUCAGCGCUAUAGCGAACUAGCUAUGAGCAGGCCAUAUUUACAUAUUUCUAAAACAUCUGUUUAAGA